AUGUUACUCCCUAACGCUUCCGGUGUAGCGACACGGGGAGACGACGCUGCCGUGAUUCUAAUGUUUGUUUGUUUUCAGUUUUUAGGCUAAAAUGAUGCUAAGGUUAAUCAUAUUCGUGUAAAUUUGGGGAAUAUUAUGUUAAUGUAAUUGCGUUCGUGUUCGUGUUCAUAACGCCUCUUAUUGGGCAGCAGCGGGGCUGUACGUCAACUUUAACCUUGGCGUGCAUGACUGUAACGUAAGGUUUUUUUUGUGUUUGGUGAUUAUACCGAAUAAGUAAUACAACAUGUCAGGUGUCUGUCGCGGUUUGAGCGCUCUCCCAGUCAAGAUCUUGGCAGAAGCGUCACUUUUUUCACCCUGCCCACGGUUUGUUCCAGCACGCAGCCGGUUCACCAAAGCAAGAAUCCCAAAAGAGCUGUUUGAGGAGAGAUCAAAAGAACAUGAGAAAUAUGGGGGGGAUCCAGACCAACCUCAUAAACUGCACAUCGUGACGCGAGUCAAAAGUGUGAUGCGAAGACCGUAUUGGGAGAAAGAAAUUGUGAAACACCUUGGGCUUGGAAAGGCACACACACCUGUAAUUCACAAAAAUACACCUGCAGUCAAUAGCCAACUGAAGUUUGUCAAGCACCUCGUCAGGAUCCAGCCGCUGAAGACACCCUCUGGACUCCCUGCCGAGCAGGACAUGGGUGACACCUACAUCAACAGCAAAGGAGAGUUGAUAGUCCGUCGCCUCCUCCAUCCUGUAGAGCCCAAGGCCAUUGAACCGUAGCGCCACAUUCAUUCAUAUUAAUUACAAUUCAAGUUGAUCAUACGUGCAAUUAAAAUCCUUCUGCUCCAUAACUCCCUGUUUUGGUUUAAAUACAGAAAACUUAUUUGUUAUUUGUCUUGAAUGGGUUCUGAAAACAAAUUAGACUCCUAAAACUUAGACCUCCAUAGGAAUGUAGAUUGCUAUUCCUACACAGCUGCUUAUUGUAUAGACUUAAAAGAACCCCCCGGAGGUUUAGAGGUUUCUAUUGGGAGGGGUACCUGCAUGUCAUUGGGACAGUGGGAGGAAACCAGAGGAUCUGGAGAAAACCAGCUAGUCAAGAUGGUAGUGCGAUGGUGGUGCAUGGAGUAGUGUGAUGCGCUCGGAGCUGCAAGGUUGGUGCAACACGGCUGCUCCAUGUCCCAUGUCGAAGUGUCCCUGAGCAAGACACCUAACCCCAAAUUGCUCCCCAGGCAAAAUGUAACGCAUGGGUUAUAAUGCAAUGUAAGUCGCUUUGGAUAAAAGUGUCAGCUAAAUGACAUGUAAUGUAAUGAUUUGGUGCUGUAAGUUGCCGCAUGUGGGCGGUCUGUGAAUUUAAAUCUGCCUCAUUGACCUUUUACUUCUGUUUAAAGUUAAUUCAUAUUAUCUCCAUUUGUGCUGGGCUGUAUUCAGAAUAAUUGUUUUACAAAAAAGGGGUCUGAACAGGAAAUGGAGUUGGGUUGCAUUGAGGAAAUAUUUGGUACUGCUAUCAUCCACGUCACCGACUAGAACGCAAUAUGCUGGAUUCUAUACAAAAAAGGACAACAAUUUAGCAAUUCAUUUUAUUACGUCAAACUUAAGUAAAUAUUAUGUAAAAAUAUAUAUACCUGUGGUGGUAAUCAAAAGUAUUUCAUGCUCGUUUGUGAUAAGGUAUUUAUUCCGAACUAACAAAGGAAAAUUAAACAUAAGUACAGAGCAAUUCAUGGCCAAAUUCAGCUGAAAAGGGUAAGUUGACAAAGCUUAUUGGUGUCGAGAAAUGCUUGACUACACAUUAGAGACGUCCAUGUUGUCCAAUUAUGACGACCUUGCACAAAGGAAUGCACGCUUAAAAUCUGUUCCGGCUGUAAAAACACAGACC